AUGAGGCAUCCUCACGCCGUCAUCCAAACGUCAAAAUGGUCGAAAAGGGCGUGGCCUUUCCAAGAAGGCACUCUCAGCCGUCGCCGCCUCGUUUUCACCGACGACCAAAUGUACUUUGAAUGCGACGGUAUGAACUGUCAUGAGAGCGUCACGAAUGUGCCAAAAAGGAACGACCAUUGGAGCAACUUGGAAUACUGCCAGCAAAUUGAGAGCUCGCUGGAUCAGCUGCAUUCUCCACACAAGCGCGAAUUCGACCGCACAUUGCGACCUGGAAUCCUGGGAUGGAACGAUAAGCGGCCCUUUGGCCAACCUGUCCGUCCGGGCUCGCAUGCUGCCUUUGUGCGGUUCCUGGAAAUGAUACAGGUAUACUCGGCCAGGGAGCUACCAUGUCCUUCCGACGCCCUCAAGGCAUUCGAUGGUAUCGCCAGCAAGUUUGAAGUUCUUCCGGACAGAAUCGACCAGAUCUGGGGCAUCCCUUUCUAUUGUAACGAAGAUAGGACCCUGGAGGAGACUUUUGUGGCCGGGCUUGCUUGGAAUCACACGGGAAGGGCGGGCUAUAGCCUAGAAGAGCUGCCCACGUCAAGGCACAUAUUCCCGACUUGGUCGUGGAUGAACUGGUACGGCGAGGUCGAGUAUCGUGAGCUUGAUCUAUACAAAGGCGGAUACAAGUCUGCCUUCAAGAGUGCCGUAGCAUCUGUUGUCUUGGAAGCCGACGACGGGUCACUGCUCACCCUUUCCGAGUACCUGGAGAUUUUCCAGGCUGGAAUCAAUCGUUCCGACAACCCCAAGGCAGUCCGGUUGGAAGCAUGGGUUUUCCCACCAUCUGCUUUUGUUGUCGUCGAGGGCUCUCACUUGACGUUGUUUAGGCAUCUUACAUGUCUACAUAUAUCGAUUGCAGAUAAUCCAUUCUACGCAGGUCUGGCGAGUCUGGCCCAGAGGGGUUUGGAGUUUAAAACGGAAUGGAUAUGCAUUUAUCUGGGCUCUGUCGAGAGCAAGAAGAUCAGCCUGGUUGUCCGCUAG